ACAUAAAAGCGAAAGGAACAUCCGAAGCUUUUAAUGUUGAAGUCCCAAACCGGAAAUACAGGAUCGAAUGAUGGUUAUUGACGCCGAGAACAGACACCCUCAGCAGCAGGUUGGUGACCCGUCAGAAGCCGAACUGAGCCGGGUGGAGGAGAGGACCCGAACCGAACCGAACCGGGUAGAGCUCAAUCUGGACUAGAUUGGGGCUGAAGGCCAUUUUCAUGGUUCUAUUGGGGGGCCCGGGGGCACCCAUCCUCCCGCUGCUGGUGCUCCUCCUCCGGGUUGCUCCGGGAGACGCCGAGACGCAGGCGUGUCACUGCAGCAGGAAGUCCUUGUGUCACUGUGAUGGGAUAAAAGGUCAAAAGGGGGAGCCAGGUUACCCCGGAUUCAAUGGACUGCCUGGAGUGAUUGGUUACCCUGGCAACGAGGGAAGCCAAGGACCUGAAGGAGAGAAGGGUCAACGGGGCUUUGCAGGAAGUUUCGGACUGAAAGGCUCUCGGGGUCUUCCAGGACCUCCAGGUUUUCCAGGACCCUCAGGCCUGCCGGGACUUCCUGGUCGUGAAGGGUCGAUGGGACAAGCAGGUCUCCCGGGAUGCAACGGGACCCAGGGUGAAGAUGGCUUCCCUGGCUUUCCUGGACGUCCAGGACCGGUUGGCCCGCGAGGCCAGACUGGACUGCGAGGAGAAAAGGGAGACUCUGUCACCGUUCCAUCUUCUCCCGACAUUAAAGGGGCGCCAGGGCGCCAAGGACCGGAUGGAUUGAUGGGGUUGGGUGGAGAUCCAGGUGCACCAGGUUUUCCGGGACCUCCAGGACCUGCUGGACUUCCUGGAAGUCCAGGCCUUGCAGGGGUACCAGGAGAAAAGGGUCAAGAGGGUCCCAGUCCAGUGAUCCCAGGUCCCCAAGGUCAGAAGGGUGAUCGCGGACCACCGGGCAUUCCCGGACAGAAAGGAAUCAAAUUGUACGCAGAGGGACCCAAAGAACUGAAGGGAGAACCAGGCGACGUCGGAGAGAAAGGUUGUCGGGGACCUCCUGGUCCGCCUGGAAAAACGUCUGUUAAGGGAGACAAGGGUGAGCGAGGUGACCCUGGUUCAUUGGGAAAACCGGGAAAGGACGGGGUCCUCGGAGAACUUGGACAGCCGGGAGAACCAGGGGCUAAUGGGUAUCUGGGCCCUCCAGGCAUCGACGGUGCAACUGGCGAGAAAGGCGACUUUGGUCCUCCAGGUCUUCCAGGCGAGAUAUUUUGGAAGCACAGGCUCCUGAAAGGUCAGCCUGGGGUUCCUGGGUCCCCUGGACCACCAGGAGCUCUCGGGGAACCAGGACUUGUCGGGUUUCCUGGACUGCAGGGCGAGCGAGGGGAGGCGCCAACGGGUCAGCCGGGCCCGAAGGGGCCACCGGGCUUCACAGGACCAAAAGGUGAACCAGGGGAGCCUGGGCCUGUCAUUAUUGGGCGUCCAGGCCAGCCUGGGAUCCCAGGAGCUACUGGAUCUGAAGGAGAAUCAGGAGAACCAGGAAUACCAGAAUUCCUGCAAGGAGACACUGGGCUACCAGGUGCCAAAGGUGUUAAAGGCCUGAUGGGUCCUACUGGGACCAGAGGACCUGAAGGCCCGGAAGGUGAGAAGGGGGAGGUAUGUUUUGUGUGUCCCAUUGUGGUGGGGGCCCCCGGACCUCCAGGCGAACCAGGGGAACCGGGCACAGAUGGACAGAGAGGUGCACUUGGUACUCCUGGACCCAAAGGUCACAAAGGUGUGAAAGGGAUUGCUGGGACACCUGGUCUCCAGGGCCUCUUUGGUGUCCCAGGACUGCCAGGAUCUCCUGGUCCAGUGGGUGAACCUGGCAUUGUGAGAAGGGUUGGGCAGAAGGGUGAUUUUGGGGACCAAGGAAACACUGGACCUCCGGGUCGUGGAGGUGCAGAUGGACUGCCUGGAAUGCCAGGACCCAAAGGCAUUCAGGGACAGAAGGGAAACCUUGGACCUCAAGGACCAAAAGGUGACAGAGGCCCUGAUGGAGAAACCGGUCCUAGGGGCCCGAUCGGGCAAAUGGGACCACCAGGACUUCUAGGUAUUGGGGCUCCAGGACCUCCAGGGCCACAGGGUAAUGUGGGAGUUUUGGGCCAACGAGGAGAUCCCGGUAUACCAGGUGAAAAAGGUUCUCCCGGUGAAAUCAAAACCAGUCUGGGAGAUCCUGGCCAGAAAGGGGUAAAGGGUACAUCUGGGAAUCCAGGACCAGAAGGUGCGAUGGGACCCCCUGGGAAUCUAGGACUGGUAGGUCUGAAGGGAGAAAAAGGAGAAAAAGGAUUUACUGUCCAGGGUCCGCCGGGCUUCCCAGGGGUCAAAGGAUUCAAGGGCCUUGCAGGAGCUCCAGGUGUGGCAAGUUAUGGAAGCAAGGGGCGUUCUGGUCCAUCAGGGCCCCCAGGAAGACCUGGCGCUAAGGGGGAUGCUGGUUUUGGUUUUCCGGGCCAGCUUGGCCAAUUAGGGCCACAAGGAGAAGAUGGCUCUGUUGGAGCCCCAGGGUCUGAAGGUCCUCAAGGAAUUGUUGGAGUUCCAGGAGCUGCAGGGCAAGAUGGAAUACCAGGGCCGAAAGGUUGUAGUGGUCUGGAUGGUAUUCCUGGACCGCUUGGUCUUGUUGGCCCUUGCUUUCCAGGGCCACCUGGAUCUACAGGAAAGCAGGGUCAGAUGGGAGUCAUAGGCUUCACAGGAGGCAGAGGUCAAAAAGGUCGACAAGGUGAUCCUGGACUGCUAGGAAUGGGAGCCCUUGGACCUCAAGGAGCAUUUGGUGUCCCGGGAUUUGAUGGAACUCCAGGUCCACCGGGAAGCAUGGGUUUAAAGGGGCAGAAUGGGAACACUGGUCAGCCGGGAAGCCCAGGUAUCAGGGGAGACAUGGGUCCUCCGGGAGUCCUUGGUAGUCCAGGAGUCAAAGGAAAACCAGGAGAGGCUGGGAGUCCAGGGCCAAAAGGUCAGAUGGGUAUGGACGGUGCCACAGGCCCCCGGGGGCCACAAGGACCUCAGGGAAACCAAGGGGAGACGGGACCCAAAGGGCAAGAGACCACUGUAGAGAUGCAUGGGGACCCCGGAGAACCCGGAGAGCCUGGAAUUCUCGGUGUUACUGGCGCUAAAGGCCAACAGGGCACACAGGGAUCUCCGGGUCUUGAUGGCACCAAUGGUACACCUGGAAGAGCUGGACCUCAAGGACUUCCUGGAGAACCAGGUACAGAUGGAGAGACAGGGCCUCCUGGCCCUUGUGGUCUCCCCGGUAACCGAGGUGAUCUUGGAAUGCCAGGUUGCAAAGGUGAAAAAGGUUCUGCAGGGCCUAGUGGAAGACCUGGGCUUGACGGAAAUCGAGGACUGGAAGGACUAAAAGGUGUAAAAGGGCAGCCUAGCUUACCCGGACCAGGACCUAAAGGACAGACUGGAGAGAAGGGACAGCCAGGUUGUCCAGGUCUUCCAGGUACAAAGGGGAACCCAGGAGACAGAGGAGAUGUUGGUCCUCCGGGAGAAUGUGGUCGCUGUGGCCCUAGAGGAAACACUGGACUUCCUGGAUGCAGAGGUUCACCGGGCUCUCCUGGUGAGAAAGGUUGUGAUGGGCCUCCGGGUGUCAGUGGACCUCGAGGACCUAGUGGUCUAACAGGUAACAAGGGGGCUCCUGGUGAACCUGGUUCAGCUGGGUCCAGAGGAAACCAGGGGCAGGAUGGUAUACCAGGACCUCCUGGAGAAAAAGGAGCCAUGGGAGCAACUGGAUUUGGAGCCAGAGGAGCAGAGGGGACAAAAGGUCCACCGGGUUGUGCUGGAGAAAAGGGAACUCCUGGUACCUGUGGUCCUCCGGGGCCAUCUGGUCCCGAAGGAAAUCCAGGUUGUUCUGGUCCUCCUGGCCCCCCUGGACCUCCCGGUCUUCGUGGCAGGCAGGGACUCUGCAUUGAAGGAGACAAAGGCGGAAAAGGACUAAACGGAGAACGAGGGCCCACAGGUCCGCCGGGUUGUCGAGGUCCUCCUGGUCCUCCAGGUCCAGGACUUAAGGGAGAGAAGGGAACUAAAGGGGCAACCGGUAACCCAGGACUCCCUGGUUGCCUUGGUGAUGUUGGCCAGCGAGGCAGACCGGGUGAAGACGGACCGCAAGGAGCACAGGGACUCAAAGGCCUGAUGGGAGAAACUGGUGUUACAGGACCUGUUGGUAUGAAGGGCGAGGACGGUCCACAGGGCAUCAAAGGUUCUCACGGACCUCCUGGACUUCCUGGGAAAAGAGGACAGAGAGGACAGGACGUGUCCAGGGAGGUUGUGGUUUUACCAGGAGAACAAGGUUUGCCCGGAGAAGAGGGACUGUCAGGAGAACAAGGGAGCCCGGGAACUCGAGGGAGACUUGGUAGUACAGGUCCUAAAGGUAGUCGAGGUGGGGCUGGGCGGAGGGGCUGGCCUGGUUUUCCAGGGCUGAAAGGGGACACUGGUGACAGAGGAGUCCCUGGAAUAAAAGGUGUCAUGGGUACUCAAGGUCUCAUGGGUGCAAAAGGUCCCCGUGGUCCACCGGGUCCAUGCGAGGAUGUAUCAGAGAAGGACGGCUUCUUGUUCACCCGACACAGUCAGGACGUUUUUGUCCCAGAAUGCCCUGCAGGAUCCAGCAAGGUUUACAGCGGAUUCUCCCUGCUCUUCAUCAACGGGAACAACCGAGCUCAUGGACAAGACCUGGGUGCGUUAGGGAGUUGUCUGCCUCGUUUUACCACCAUGCCCUUCCUCUUCUGUAACACCGACAACACCUGUCGCUACGCCGCACGCAACGACUACUCCUAUUGGCUCUCCACCCACCAGUCAGGGCUCAGCACCAUGGCCUUCAUCUCAGGACCUCUGUUGAAGAAUUACAUCAGUCGGUGCACGGUGUGCGAGUCUGCAGCCAACGUGAUCACGGUUCAUAGUCAGACACGUCAGCUCCCGUCGUGUCCGUCGGGAUGGGACUCUCUCUGGUCUGGUUUCUCCUUUGUCAUGGAAACGGGCGUUGGAGCCGAGGGAUCAGGCCAGCCGCUCUCAUCACCCGGAUCCUGUCUGGAAAAUUUCCGCAAGAUCCCGUUCAUCGAGUGUCACGGCAGAGGGACUUGUAACUUCUACACGGACUCGUACAGCUACUGGCUCGCCGCUCUCAACCCGAGCGACAUGUUCAGCAAACCGAAGCCUCACACAGAAACUGGAGACGUUCCAGAAGAUUUCAUCAGCCGCUGCAGAGUGUGUUCCAAGCGUCUGUGAAUGCCUCGUCUUGGCACCACCGAUGCCCUUAGCCGUACCAACAGGACUAUUCAUUGUUCUAACAGCAGCGGGAGUGAGGUGUCAGUGUUAGUCAUAGCGGGGGACCACUUCUAAACCAAGGCCCCCACUUGCCUCCCUUGAGUUCUACCUGUGCUGAAAUAAAAAUGUGUGUGUGUGUGUGUGUGUGUGUGUCACUUAACUCCCAUUCAACCUCACUUUCCCCAAGUUGUCAGUUCUCAGAACCAUUUAAUGAUGGUCGGGACUAAAUGAAAUGCAAAUAUCGCAGUGUGAUGUCAUCAGCGUCCCAUCAUGCCUCAUGCCAGCAGCUCCUUAGCGAUGGCUGAUUGUUAAUAUGUUACUGUGGCAACCAGCUGCGCCAAAGACUUCUUCAUUAGAGCGGAACAAGUGGGGGUAGGGGGGGGGGAUAGAGAGAGGGUCUAUUAAAGAAUAAAUGAAUGUUUUUUUUUUCCCUCACAUGGUGUCCUCGUUUCCUUAAAGGUUUACACAUGACCGGGUUGACACUCAUGAAUUUGUGAUUUUUCUUUGAAUCAUCGAGCUGGGAAGGUCGAUAUCAAAUAUCGAUACCAGGGUAGUAUCGGUGUAUAAGCGCAAUAUUUUGUAGUUCUUUUCUAAUAAUAUAAGUGGGCGGGUUGAUACAAAUAUUGAAAUGAUUGAUACUAUGGUAGUAUCGUUAUUGUAUUGCAUUGGUCAUGUGUAGGAGGCUUGGUAAGGAAGGCCAACGUGAGAAAAGCUAGCUAGACAUGCUAAUCUGUUUGUGCUCAACUGCUCUGUUUUGCUGCCACGUUAUAAAUAAAAGCUCGCCUGAAGCGAGAGGAAGGUUUCCUUCCUUCCU